AUGGCUGGUAUAAAGACAGCCAGUGGGGAAUAUAUCGAUGACUCUUGGGAGCUCAGCGUGUUCGUGGAAGAUCUGGGACCUGAGGCUGAUCCAGUCCCACUCCGCGUCUCCGGCAGCAUGCAUAUUGGAGGUGUCAUGCUACAGAUAGUAGAUAAACUAAAGCUGCAACGGGACUGGUCGGACCAUGCCCUGUGGUGGGAGCAGAAGAAAAUGUGGCUGCUGAAUACACACUGGAGCCUGGAUAAAUAUGGGGUUUUAGCUGAUGCCCGCUUGCUCUAUACUCCGCAGCACAAGCCGGUACGUCUUUCCUUGCCAAACCAAUGCGUCAUUCGCAUCCAAGCCAACUUUGCUAAGCCGGUCUUCAGUGCAGUGAUCGACAUCUGCAAGGUACUUGGUAUCCGUCAUCCUGAAGAACUGUCGUUGUUGCGUGUGCAGGCAGAAAAGGACAAGCGGAAGCAGAAGGAGAAAGAAGGAAAUGCCACAGAGAGCUAUGACCUCAUGGGAGUGCGGCUCCCAACAAAUGCCGAGCAGCAGCUGUUCCGCGGAAUGCCUGCUCACUUUUCAGACAGCGCUCACACCGAAGCCUGUUACAGGAUGUUGUCCGUCAGUCAGACUGGGUUGACCCCUGAGCAGAUCUUGCGCAUGCACCGGCCAGGAUCCCUAGUUGAGAAGACUCAGAUCAACAGCAGAUGGUUGGAUUCAUCACGGACUCUGCUGCAACAAGACAUCAAGGAAAAUGAUCAUCUGUGGCUCCGCUUCAAGUAUUACAGCUUCUUUGACCUGGAACCAAAGUACGACACCGUGCGGAUCAACCAACUGUAUGAACAAGCCCGUUGGGCUGUGCUACUCGAGGAGACAGAUUGUACUGAGGAAGAGAUGGUGGUCUUUGCUGCUUUGCAGUAUCGGAUCAACCAGCUGUCCUUGAACACCAACCCUGCAGACCACAGCGGAGACUCCGGCCUUGAUGACCUGGAUGCCGCUCUUGCCACAUUGGAGGUCAAAAUGGAAGGGAAAUCAAUGACUCCAAAUGAUCUGGACAGUCUUACAGCUAUCCCACAGUUGAAGGAUUACCUCCGAAUCCUCAGGCCCCGCAAGCUGACGCUGAAGGGUUACAAGCAGUACUGGGUCACCUUCAAAGAGACCUCCAUCUCCUACUACAAGAGUGCCGAGGAAGCUCUCGGGGAGCCCCUGCAACAGCUCAGUCUCAAGGGCUGCGAGGUGGUGCCCGACGUGAACAUCUCAGGGCAGAAAUUCUGCAUCAAGCUACUGGUGCCUUCCCCAGACGGGAUGAGUGAAAUUCACUUGCGCUGCGUAGAUGAGCAGCAGUAUGCCCACUGGAUGGCUGGCUGUCGGCUGGCCGCAAAGGGGAAAACUAUGGCAGAUGCAUCGUACAAGGCCGAGGUGCAGAACAUCCUGUCCUUUCUACAACUGCAGCGGGCCAACCCUGAUGCGCCCCUUACCACUGAAGCUGAGGGUGCCCAGUGGCUGGUGUCACCCCGUUAUCAGAAGAAAUUCAAACCCAAGCAGUUAACCCCACGUAUCCUGGAAGCCUACCAGAAUGUGGCUCAGCUCUCGCUCACUGAUGCCAAGAUGAAGUUUAUCCAGGCCUGGCAGUCGCUCCCUGAUUUCGGCAUCUCUUACUUCGUGGUCAGGUUCAAGGGCAGCCGGAAGGAUGAAAUUCUGGGCAUUGCCAAUAACCGCUUGAUCCGCAUCGACCUGGCUGUUGGGGACGUGGUGAAGACGUGGCGGUUCAGCAACAUGCGCCAGUGGAACGUCAACUGGGAUAUCCGCCAGGUGGCCAUCGAGUUUGACGAACACAUCAACGUGGCUUUCAGCUGCAUCUCCGCCAGCUGCAAGACGGUGCACGAAUAUAUUGGCGGCUAUAUCUUCCUGUCGACCCGCACGGCUGACAGAGGCCAAGAGCUGAAAGAAGACCUCUUCCACAAGCUGACGGGGGGCCACGAAGCUCUCUGA